UCAGUGAAUUUGUUACCUCUGCAACCCAAACAUUUGCUACUUCCAAUUUUUCCAGCAACUUGAGUGACUUUUAAUGUGAACAAAUUGAUGAUCCAUUUCCGUUGAAUCUAUUAAUUGUCAAACCAAAUUAAUCUCUAAUUGAGCAAAGUUAUUCUCACCAUAGGACCGGUUAUGGCAAAAAGUAAUUCUAACAAGAAAAACUCCAAUGAGAAAAUCAAUCGCCGUGGGCCUGAAAAGCAGAGAUACUCAGUGAUUCCGAAAUCUCUUCUGUAUUUAGCAAUUUUAAUUCCAACGAUUCUGUUUGCUCCUUUUAUGAAACCAAUACACUUUAAGAGUAGAGAUUACACAGAAUUUCUUGCUGAAUCUUUUGAUGGCGUUUACGCUGAGAAUGAGCUUUUAUCUAAAGCCGAGAAACUGUUUACAAAUCAAUUUGAUGGACCCGAAAGUUUAGCUCCAUUUGAAGGUAAACUCUAUGCCGGAGUUCAAGAUGGACGAAUCCUUGAGAUUUCAAACGAUAAAUACAAAACAUUAACCACCGUCGGAAUAUCUAAUGGAACUUGUCCAGUUUGGAAAGAAAAAGAAUGCGGAAGACCAUUGGGUAAUCGAGUGACCAGUCAGGGUCAAUUGUAUACUAUUGACGCUUAUAAUGGUGUUUUAAAGACAGAAAUCAAAUCGAACAAUCCAAAACCCGAAAUAAUAAUGUCAUCAGACUUGAAGAUUGUCAUUUGAUGAUUUGGUAAUUGAUAGGCGCUUUCAUCGAUGACCGAAAGUUCUUAUUAUGAUCUGAGUGAAGUGGUUCACACGAUGCUUGAUCUUGAUGAAACCGGAAGGGUAAUUAGAUAUGAUGAAGAUACUAAACAAGCGACCAUUGUGAUGAAAGGUUUAGCGUUUCCAAAUGGAAUUGAAUUAACUGACGAUAAAUCGGCAAUUUUAGUCUGUGAAAUCACCAAUAAACGUAUCCUUCGGCAUUAUAUUCGUGGACCUAAACAAGGAAAAACUGAAAUACUGGUCAAUCGAUUACCAGGUGAACCCGAUAAUAUAAGAAGAUCAACUCGAAAAGAUAAAGAAACCUAUUGGGUCGCUAUCGCCAUCGCAAGAACCAACAAAAAUCCUGAGAUUAAUGAUUGGAUUGAAAAUAAACCGAUAUUGAGAGGAUUUGUCAUUCGAUUGGCUCAUUUAGUUGGUACAAUGAUCAAAUUUUUCGGUGAAUUAACUGGAAAUGAUAGUUGGACAUUAAAAGGAUGGGAGAUCAGGAAAAUUAAUGCAUUUCAUUAUCUAACAUUCAGAGGAAUGAUUUUGGAAAUCGAUUCAACCGGUAAUAUCAUCUCUUGCCUUCAUUCACCUGAUGGUACAAUUAACUUACUUUCCGAAGUACGAGAAGUGAUUGAAAACGGGAAGCGAGUCCUCUAUUUGGGUUCCGUUUACAAUAAAUACAUUGGAAAACUAAUUUUACAAUGAAUUUGUUCACUUUGGUUGAACCAGGAAGCCGAUGAAUGAAUCUAUUAGUACCUUAAUUUGAUGAAAAUUAAAAUCAUUUUAUUAUU